AUGUAUUCUCAGGAGGUGAAGGCCAAGGGCAAAGGCCACCACUUCGCUCCUCUUCACCUACAUAUCUUCAACUCGUUCGUCGCCAGAUUGCUGGAGUGUGGAAUCGCUUUAGGCCAGAGGACCUCGGCCGUCCUGAAGCUGUGGCACGAGAAGGUGUUGUGCGAGCUGCAGCCCGAGGAUUUGUGCGACAUGCUAGCUCUCUUUCGUGUCAUGAAGUGCUCCGACCAGAGCCAGCGGAAUAUUCACCUCAUGUUGAGGGACGUGCCGACUCCGACGCCGCCGCCAGAGUCCGACGAGCCGCCGCUGCCUUCCCCGAUUCAGGUGCGCGCUCUUCUGGCCAGGGCUUUGGCCGAGAUCGGAGGCCGCACGGCCCGGGGCGCGGCGCCUCCAGGGGGGCAUGGGGAGGAGAUCAUACAACACGCGGUGGGCGCAAAAGAGGGCGGCGCCAGCUGA